AUGACCAAUGCACUGCUGCUUUUUAUGAUUAUCUACAUAAGUCCGGGUUAUUUAUCGCCAUAUCGAAUAUUUCUUGGUAACACAGCACUUACACAACUACUACUCGCCUUGCUUGUUAUGGUAGUAGCUCCUAGAGUACUCACCCACGGCGUCAACAUAGUGAACAUCUACCUUGGACCAUGUCAACUACUUGGCCCAUGGGGUUCCUAUAUGUUAUACAUAACAAUGCUACAUCUUGGUGUGAACUCUUUCAUGUCUCUGAUGGUCUCGAUGGUCUAUCGCUGUAUUUCGCUACGAACAUCCCGUAUUCGUACAUCAUUUGCAGUGGAAAUGUGUCUGGUCUCCUAUGUUAUACCGCUUUCUAUGAUACUACCAUGUAUAAAUAUGGAAUUCUCAACGAACAAAACAGAUGCAGCUGAAAUAACUCAUCAUAUAGUGAAGAAUAUGGAUAAAUAUGACGUCGUAGUUGCAGCAAAAAUAAUCCAGGCACUUACUGUACAGUCAAUAGUUCCUACUUUUACAAUAUUCCCUGCUGCUGCCGGAUAUUUACUGAUCCAGUUCGGCGUAUUGGAGCCUCGGCUGUUUAGCUUCGUGAUUACCCCUUGUUUAUGUAUAGGUCCAAUCGUUGAUCCAAUGAUCACCAUAUACUAUGUGUCCCCAUAUCGACAUCUUUUUGCUCGAGUUUUUCCGCGAAUGGACCCACGCAGCAGCACAGCGCAGCCGCAGGCAAGCACUGUACAUCGCUUGUCUGUGAUAUUCAAUAGUUUCACAUUUUGGCGUCGUAGUCAUGCUAGGAUAGACUUGAAAACUGAAGAACAAAUUAUACUGCAAAACAGACAGAUACCAUGCGUGAAUUUGGAAUUCUCGGCGAAUACAACGCUAGCGGAUGAAAUCACAAAUCACAUGGUCACAAAUAUGGAAAAGAUGGACGGAGGCUUCCAGUUCCUCAAAUCUUCCAUAGGUAUCAUAUGGAACAUUUGCUGCAGUUCAAUACUUCUUAUUCCCAUCUACGCUACUAUGUUCUUCUGUCGUUGGAAAAUUCACUCGUUUCUGGAAAAAACCGAAUUUGUACAAUCAUCUAAUACAAAGCUGACCAUUAAACGACUUGUGAAGGCCCUCACUGUGCAAUCUCUAGUUCCAACCUUGACUAUUCUACCACCUGCUAUUGCAUAUUUGAUGAUACAGUUUGGCGUGCUGGGACCUCAACUGUUUAGUUUCUUUAUUGCUCCUUGUUUAUGCGUAGGUCCCAUUGUUGAUCCGAUAGUAACCACUUACUAUGUGACUCCGUACAGACGUUUUAUCACCUCCGCUCUACUUCCAAAGUACAUUCAACCAACUGCCUCGGAUACUCAUCAAGGGAUUUCUCAAAUUACUACGAAAAAACGGGUCCCGAACGGAGAACGUCAUCAUCAUAUCACAACUGUAGCUAAGAAUAUUGACAUUCGAACUGGUCGAACGGACGACAGUAAUCCUUCUAUUUGUCCCUAUCUCGUGCCAGAGUCGCCCAGUGAUUUCUCCUUCGGUACGGGACAUGAAGAGCAACGGAAUUCCCCAGAAGAACUUCGUGAAGAAAUCUGA